UUUUUUCAAUUUUGGUCCCUACAGCGCCAAAGACGACAAGCAAGGUUUUUGUGCUGAGUAGCUUCACCAUAUCAACUUGAAUUUCCCCCCGCAUCAAUUGCUUUCCUACUGACUAGGUGAAAAAAUAAAUAACUGAAAAUUGCAAUUUCUUAAUGGGUGUUACAUCCUUUCUGUAGUCUAUCUCAAGCAGGCUAUGUCAACUCCAAUUUCUAGUCUAAACAGUUUAUUUUCAUUCACAUCUCCUGCUGUAAAAAGACUUCUUGGUUGGAAACAAGGAGACGAAGAGGAAAAAUGGGCUGAAAAAGCGGUUGAUUCACUUGUAAAAAAACUUAAAAAGAAAAAGGGUGCACUUGAAGCUCUAGAGCGAGCUUUAAGUAACCCCGGUGAACCUUCAGAAUGUGUUACUAUUCCCCGAUCCCUCGAUGGUCGACUUCAAGUUUCUCAUAGGAAAGGGUUACCUCAUGUAAUCUACUGUCGAGUAUGGAGGUGGCCAGACUUACAAAGCCAUCAUGAGUUGAAACCCCUUGAUUUCUGCCGUUUUCCAUUCUCAGCUAAAGAAAAUGAGGUUUGUAUUAACCCUUAUCAUUAUCAGCGAGUUGAAAGUCCAGUUUUGCCUCCAGUCCUUGUUCCUCGGCAUAGUGAAUACCCUAGUCUUAGCACUGUAACUCCAUCACCGGGUUUAUCACACUGUGGAAGCAGUGGAAUAUCUAGUUCCCGUUCAGCAUCUAAUCUGGGAAUGUUCCCGAUGACAGACUCAGCAAUGCCUUACAAUGUAAAUUAUCCACACAACUUCAGUCAUUCUCCGUCUCUUCCUCCCGGAAAUAGUGGAACUUCUACAGACAGUGCAGUUGCUGGACCUAUCCAUUCACUUAAUAGUUCGAAUCUUCAAUCCGGUUACCAAACUCAACCCAAUCAGGAACCGGCUACCUCUGGACAAACUAUGCAUCCAGUCAAUUAUCAAGAACCGAAAUACUGGUGUUCGAUUGUUUAUUAUGAACUAAAUAAUCGUGUCGGUGAAGCAUUUAAUGCUUCACAAUUAAGCAUAAUCAUUGAUGGUUUUACAGACCCAUCAAAUAAUUCAGAUCGUUUUUGUCUUGGUCUUUUGUCGAACGUAAACCGAAAUUCUACAAUCGAGAAUACAAGACGUCAUAUUGGAAAAGGCGUUCAUCUUUAUUAUGUUGGUGGUGAAGUUUACGCUGAAUGUUUAUCAGAUAGUAGUAUAUUUGUACAAUCACGUAAUUGUAAUUAUCAUCAUAAUUUUCAUCCAACUACAGUGUGUAAAAUUCCACCUGGUUGUUCAUUGAAAAUAUUCUCAAAUCAAGAAUUCGCUCAUCUACUCAGUCGUACAGUACAUCAUGGUUUUGAAGCUGUUUAUGAAUUAACUAAAAUGUGUACAAUACGUAUGAGUUUUGUAAAAGGUUGGGGUGCUGAAUAUCAUCGACAAGAUGUUACAUCUACUCCAUGUUGGGUUGAAAUCCAUUUGAAUGGUCCAUUACAAUGGCUCGAUCGUGUACUUACACAAAUGGGUACACCAAGAAAUCCGAUUUCAUCGGUUUCAUAAAUCUCAUAUUGUUAAACACUUUAUCGUUCUCUUAAUGGAUAUUGAUUCUGGGACAAAAGAUGAAUAACAUAUGAUGUAUACAUGUCUAGGAUUCCCAUAGGAAAAGAAUACAUUGUUCUUCUUUCUUAUUUUAUUUCUGCAUUAAGAUCAUAAAUAGCCUCACUUAUACUAUCAGUAUUAACAAAUCAUCAUUACAAUCUAAAAUUCAUUUCAUAAGAUAGAGCUUCUUAUCAACAUGAAGCACACGAGAAGAACAUGAAAAUAAUGAAUAAAAUAACUGCGCCAUUCUCGUUUCUACUAUUUAUUUGUAUUUCUGCAUAUAUCUUCUUACUAUUUACAAUAGUUAUUGAUAUUUUGUGUGUGUUCGUACAGCGCCUCCUGAAAAUGCUAAUCACAUUGUUAUGUUUAUUGUUAAUCAUUGGGGUCUUUCUCUUUUCUUCAUCGUUCCUUUUGUCAUUAUUGUUUUCAUUGUUGUGUGGACAUUUCAAGUCUACUUUUUCAAUUAUUAUCUUGAUGUAGGUAGACGACAGUGUGAAGUGUUUUGAAAUCACUGUAAUAUAAAACAUAACUGUCGCAUUUUCGUAUUAUUUUCACGCUCAUCUCUGGAGGUAUAUAUAUAUAUAUAUAUAU